AUGCCGGCGAUCCUUAGCAUGUCAGCAGCAUAUUAUUUGUUAAAAAUUGACGCCAGCCUUUUGCCGGGCAUCGGAGUUUAUCAUGGGCGUGGGCUUCGGCCCCCUGCCAUCCGACUGCUCCGUCAGCGAUGCAGCGCCACUGCUGACACCCUCAGAGCAGCCGUCAGCAAUACACCGCCACUGCUGACACCCUCAGAGCAAGCCAGGCAGCCGUCAGCCACUGCUGACACCCUCAGAGCAAGCGUCAGCAAUACACCGCCACUGCUGACACCCUCAGAGCAGCCGUCAGCAAUAUACCGCCUCUCUGACACCCUCAGAGCAGCCUCAGCACAAUACACCGCCACUGCUGACACCCUCAGAGCAGCCGUCAGCAAUACACCGCCACUGCUGACUCACAAGCCACCGCCACUGCUGACACCCAGAGCAGCCGUCAGCAAUACACCGCCCACUGCUGACACCCUCAGCAGCCGUAGCAAUACACCGCCAGCUGACACCCUCAGAGAGCCCCGUCAGCAAUACACCGCCACUGCUGACACCCUCAGAGCAGCCGUCAGCAAUACACCGCCAGCUGACACCCUCAGAGCAGCCGUCCAGCAAUACACGCCACUGCUUGACACCCUCAGAAGCAGCAGCAGCCGUCAGCAAUACACCGCCACUGCUGACACCCUCAGAGCAGCCGUCAGCAAUACACCGCCACUGCUGACACCCUCAGCAGCCAGCAGAGCAGCUGUCAAAUACACCGCCACUGCUGACACCCUCAGCAGCGCAGCAGUGACAGCAGCCGUCAGCAAUACACCGCCACUGCUGACACCUCAGAGCAAUCAGCACACGCCACUGCUGACACCUCAGAGCAGCCGUCAGCAAUACACCGCCACUGCUGCACCUCAGAGCAGCCGUCAGCAAUACACCGCCACUGCUGACACCCUCAGAGCAGCCGUCAGCAAUACACCGCCACUGCUGACGCAUUGGAUGCGUCUCAGCAAUGCCGCCACCUGA